AUGGCCACUUCACAUUCACAUCUUUCUCUUCUAGUCCUUGCUCUUGUCUUGAUGCUUUCUACUCCAACUCUCUCCCUAAGAAGAGACUUCUUUAAAAUCUCAAGAAUUUCACCUUCUUUUGAUGAUCUUCCAAUUUCCACACCUUCUCCUGAAGAAGCUCCAGCUCCAGAUAUCUCUUCUACAACCACAAAUGCUCCUCUUAUAUCACCAUCUUCUUCAACAGAUAUAUCACCUUCUUCUUCAGACAUCGUCUCUAGUAGUACUCCAGCUGUUUCGCCAUCUCCAGAAGUAGCCUCGGUUAGUUCACCUGCACCUUCAGAAGAAACACCAGUUGUCUCUCCAUCUGCACCACCAGUUCCUGAGCAUGGUCAUGACCAUCAUCAUCAUCAUCAUCACCGCCAUCAUCAUCAUGGCCAUCACCAUCAUCGUUCACACCAUCAUGGUCAUAUCGGCCAUCAUCAUCAUGAUCAACAUCACCAUGAACAUGAUCAACCUUCUCAUGAACCAGCACAGGGUGCACCAGCUCCUUCUCCUGAAGAUUCAGCUCAAGCUCCUGAAUCCAUGACCUUAGACUAUAUCAUUAAGAAUUAG